AGCCAGGAUUCGACGCCUCCCCCGAGCCCUGUCCCUACGGAGCAGACACGUCAGGCUGAACUCGGGUCUCUGGGAGCGCGGGGUUCGGCGCCUAGACCCUCUCCGGGGGAACCUCCCAGCCUCAGCCGGCUCCGGACUACCCCAGAACCCGGCGCCCAGCCCCCGGGUCCCCGCCCCCCGCCCGGCGAGUAGUUACCGAUGGUGGUGAUGACGGUGAUGGCGAAGUAGAAGGAGCCGGCGAAGCGCCACUGCACGCCGGCCUUGUGCGGCUUGAGGCGCAGCACGACGCGCUCGAGCUCCUCGUAGCCGCCCUGGCUGAGGUUGUAGCGCGCCCGCAGCUCCUGCUGCCGCAGCUCCAGCCGCUGCCGCUCGAUCAUCUCUGGCUCCGACUCGAGCGCGUCGAAGACCGCGGCGCCCACCAGCAGGAGAGUAAUCUGGGCAAGAGGAAUUUUCUUCCAUCAUAUCAGUGAAGACAUUGAGGCCCCGAGGGACCAGGUGACUGAGCGCAGAGGGGGUAAGAGGAGCAUAGGCUUUUAUUUCUUGAGCAGAUGAGAUGGCACAUAGAAAAGCAUUUCGGAAUUACAAAGCGAUGCAAAGCAUCCACGACUCCUUCCUGAAGCUCUGUCCCCACGGGAAGUACUACAAGGAGGCCACCUUGACCAUGGACCAGGUCAGCUCCCUGCCAGCUCUGAGGGCCAAAUGCCAGAGGAAGCGCUCCCAGCAGGCUGACCCAGCGCUGAGGGGAACUGAAGCAGCUGCCGUGACCCAGACGCCACUUCUCAGGCAGCAGAAAGGGAGAACAUCAGAAACAGGCUCUCUUCGGAGAUGGCUGGAGGUCAACCCUUUCAGAGACCGAAUCUGCGGAGUGUUCUCCCACGACGAUGCAUUCUCCUUCGAGGAUGUGCGGGGCACGGCAUCUGUGUUUAGCGAGCAGGCCUGCCCGAGCUUGAAGAUCGAGUACGCCUUCCGCAUUUACGAUUUUAAUGAGAAUGGCUUCAUCGACGAGGAGGACCUGUAGAGGAUCACCCUUCAACUGCUCAACAGAGACGACGCGUCAGAGGACCUGCUGACCGACCUCAGCAGCCACGUGUGUGCCCUGGGCCGCGGGACGGUGGCUGGCGUGGGCCCCGCCAUCACCUGAAGCCUCUUGAUGGCAGGCAGGGUGAGGGGCACUGAGGGAUGGGUGCUCACUGGAAGCAACUACUCCCAAUUUUCUGUCCUUCCUCCAGGAUCAUGACUCCCUUCCUGGGUCUCCAGUAGCCCACCCCCAGGGGCCCUCCCAGCAACACUGCAGCCACUGCAGGCAGGUGGGCCAACAGCAGGUCAGCCUCAGGUGCACACUUCACAACAUCCCCUCUCCUACACCAGCACAACGCCCAGGUGUCCUAGAGUGACAGUCCAAAGUACGGCAGGACAUGAAGACAACCAUGGACCCAUUUGUCCUAAGGCCAUGAGAACAUUUUGGUCUGGAUGGGAAGUAGGAGCAGAUAAAACCAUGAGGGCUCAUCGCUGCCUCCCCACCCUGACUGAGCCCCUUGUAGUGCAGAGCCCCUGCCUGUGACUGGGUGACAACAGCGGGUGGGGGAUGUCACCCUGUCCAUGACCGCACACCCGUUCUCACUGCCAAGUUUGUCCUGGAGGCACCAAGAGGACUCUUCCCAUGAUGAGACCAGCCCACAAGGUCCCAGACAGCCACGCACAUGACCUCAUCUCUCUGCACCUCCGUGUCCUUGUCUGGGGCAGGGAUAGAGCACCUGCCUCCCAGGGGACUCCAGGGACGCUGAGCACCCAGCGAGAGCUUGGCUCACGGUAGCUCUCAGCAUGUGCUGAUUGCCCCCCACGCCUGCACCCCCAUCUCCCUUUCUGAUUCUCUCGCUGCUUCUGCACCCCUGUCCAGGUCCUGAAUGAGUCAGAUCUGGACAAUGACAACAUGCUGUCUUUCUCAGAGUCUGAACACGCGAUGGCCAGAUCUCCGGACUUCAUGAAGUAAGGUGUUCUGGAGUGAGGGGGGGAUGCCCAGCAUAGUGGGGGACAAGAAGCCCCCCCCCACAGUCUCCCUCGGCCAAUGGGACACCUUGGUCUUCCCAGUGAGGUCAUGAGUUUCCAGGGCAAUUCGCAGAUUCUUUCAGAAUCAGCAAAACUGGAGCUUCUGAGAAAUGAGGUAACCUGGAAAGAGACAGGGAGUGGGGUUUCAAAAGGCAAAGGGGAGAUUGCAUUCCAGGCUUUGCAAACGACGUGGGUGGUCCAGACGUCAGGCGCAGUCCCUCUCCAGCCAACACAGAGCCCGCUGGGCUCCAGGACUGACCUGGGGAGUUGCCCUUGCCCCUGUUGGCCCUGCUGCCGUGCCACCACAACCUCCAGUGGUCACUGGGAGCUGGGGAUUGGCAUGGAACUGUGGGGGGGAGCGGCAGGGAUGAAGAUGCUGGUGAUAGAGCUCAGAGAAGAGCUCAAGCAUUUCCAAACCUUCCAUCAGGCGGAAGGGGGCCUUAAUGGUCGUUAGCUGUCCAAACUCCUUUGAGACAAUCGGCCAUCUCCAUACUGGCUGUAUUUAACAGUCUUAUUUGGGUCCUUCCAGUUGUGGGAAACAUACCACCGCUGAAGGCAGCCCGUUUCAUGAGGAACAGCCCUUUUAGGGCAAUCUUCUCGCACUGAGCUGCAUCUGUUUGCCUGUGUCUGCUACUCCUGGGCCCUUUCUGCCCUUGGUCUUCAGUCUAGGUGACUUUGGUAGCAAGGAAGAGUGCCCACUCAAAAUGGUUUAACAAACCACUCAAAAAAGAACAAAGACAGCUAGACCUCAGAGAGCACCUGGUCGGGGGCCCAGAGUCUCUACCUCUGUCCUCAGCAACUCUGCACUUUGCUUUACGUGCAACCAGCCAUCUCUGCUUUGUCAGACGUGAGGCCAAAUGUGGCCUCCACAGCGGCCAAGUUUAUGUCUGUUUGGCUCAGUGAAUGUCCCUCAGCUCUGGCUCCAAAUUCGCAGAGAAUCUGAUUGGCCAGCUCCAGGCAGGUGUCCAGCCCUCUUCCAGCUGCCUGGCUGGAGCAGAGGGCCCUCUAUCCCAACAUGGCUGCCAGAGGGCUUAGCCUGGGCAGACUCUCUAAAAGAGGAUCCACACUUGGACCACCACCACCUCCCCCAACCGAGGUAAUUCCUCUUCCUCCAUAACAGCCCAGCACAUGACUGGAGCUGGAAUCCUGUCUGCCUUGAGUUUUUUCUUUGAAUCUCUCCCGUUUCUUUCCACUGGUUCCAGCACCACAAGGUUCGGACAGCCUUUGCAUUCUAGAGCUGCUCAAAGGAGGCUUUGAGUUGGCUUGGGAGAGCUGCAGACUGGCCAUCACUCAGAGAAAGGGACACAAGAGGUGUGAACCCAGAAAUCAGAGGGGGCUUUACAGCUGCAGGCUCGAGGUGGCUAAUGGAAUUCUUUCUUUCAGCUCCUUUCGGAUUCACUUCUGGGGGUGCUGAUGUGGCCCCAAAUAUCUGCUCUGGCGGCCUUGAGGGGGACCCCUGGAACUAGGAAUUCAACCCCCUGCGGGAGGGGCGCUGGGGGAAAUCUGAUUAGAAGAAUGACUUUGUCCCCAUCCCUCCCUCCCUUCUAGAAUAUUGUUUAUUCAAUAAAGCAGAAGAAAAGCC